AUGCUGGGGGUGGGGGGGUGGGGGGGUGGGGUUGGCUCGCGUACUCCAUUCAUGAAGCCUCUAAAUGUAAUAAUGCUAAUCACAUCUGUAGAAAAGUAUUUCAAUGAACUGUACUUGAGUUAUGGACUGUUUGAGCUUGACUGGAUCAUCAACAUGGCUUGUUCAAAUUCAGAUCAAGUUCCAUUUUGAUUGGUCUGUGCUGUUUGAGCUUGGCCCAGCAUGUAAGACGUCCGUUGAGCUCAGGGUAUACUUAGUUCCUAUCUUUUACCACUAAUAAUUUGGGAAAAAGGGCAUUAAAUUUUAGACCUUUGAAACAUAAAAUGUAACACACAAGUUAGGGAAGUCAGCCAGUU